AUGACCUUAAUUAUAAUUGUCCGGGGUCCUAUUUACAUACCAAGACUUCUAAAAUUUAAAGUUCUCUAUGAGGCAUUUAUCUUUAUUCUUACAUCUCUUACUGAAAAAACUUUUGCGGAUAUAAAAGAUAAUAUCACAAAAAAAGAAAAGCAGUUAGCCAUUAAAGGCUUACAGAAAUUACAUUCGAAAAGAGUGAAGCAUAGAGACAUUAGAUUAGAAAAUAUCAUAAUAAAGAGAAAGAAUGAGGAUUCAACUUCUUAUGUAUGGUGGAUUGACUUUGGAUGGAGCAAAAUGACGGAUAUUGUAAAAGAUUUAAACAAGGAAUUAAAAGAGUUAAAAUAUUUGCUUAAAAUAGAGGAUACGAAAUAA